AUGUCAGAAAACGAGCUGAGCGCCGAGGACACUGCAUUUCUGGAAAAAGCCUUCGAAUUGGCUCAAGAAGCUUUAGAUGAAGAUGAAGUUCCAGUUGGAUGUGUAUUUGUGGUCAAUGGAACAGAAAUUGGAAGAGGUCGGAAUCGUGUGAACGAGACCGGUGAUCCGACAAGGCAUGCUGAGAUGGUAGCAGUCACUGAAAUGUGGAAAGAGCACGGAACGGGCUGCGAGGAUCUGCUCAAAAAAUCCACGCUCUACGUUUCCCUGGAGCCCUGCAUAAUGUGCUCGUCGGCAAUGUAUCAGCUGGGAAUUCGAAAAAUGGUGUAUGGAGCCGAAAAUCCACGAUUCGGAGGUGUACGGAGUGUUGGAAGUGCGGAGAAGUACCGAAUGGAGGAUAAUGUGCAAAUUGUGGCUGGAAUUUGGUCGGAACGAUCUGUCGCCAUGCUGAAAACAUUCUACGAGAAGCUUAACCCAUUUGCACCGCCUGAAAAGCGGAAAACUAAAAAACCAAAGUUAGAUGAAAUUAAAUGA